AUGGGUUACUCGAACGGUGUAUUAAGUGUUAAAUCGACUUGCGUGGAUAUUGGCAGUAUUACAAGCACCAAGAGGAGAAAACGGCAAUUACAACAAUUACGAGCUGUAGUAUUUUGCAAUCCAACUCAAGCAGGUUCUAUUGUGAGUAAGACUGUUUAUUGUUUUACACAAUGUGUAACUGAAAUCAAAACUGAUAUACAAUCGAAAUUUGAAUCGACUUCAUUUACUAUUGUAACAAAUCUUGGAUCACAUAUAGGUUCAUCUCAAUUUUACGCAUUUGUUCAAGUUGUGCCAGAUGAACAGAAGAUUAAUCAAAAAUGGUGA